GUUGUUUCUCCGACCGACUGAGUCACCGCCAUGGCUUCGAGACGGCUCCUCGUUCUUGGAGUACUCUCAUCUGUCGUACUGCUGCAACACGUGUGUCACGCGCAGUUUGAUGCCAACCUGACGUUGCAGAGCACGUUCGGCCACCUGCGAAAGCGCGCCCGCUCUCUCCUGCGCUGCUGGAGCGAGGAGCGCGACGCAGCGCACAUCAUGUUCGAGCGGCCAGGUGGCCUUCCCCGCGCCUCGCAGAAGCUCCUGCAAGGCACCGAGGCGCACGUCCUCAUCAUGCCCGGCAGCGCGGGCCUGUCGCGUACCGGUCGGUUUUCGUGCCGCGUGGAUGCCGGCGGCAUACCGACAGUGGUGGACACGCUCAAGCUGCCGCCCGUCCCAGACGCACAGGUGGAGCCACUGCAGGCAUACGUGGUGGUUCACGUGGGCGAAACUGUGCACCUGAGCGUCACGAAGCGCAAGCACCUCGCCGAGCCCCUGGUGUGGCGGCUCGAAGGGAUGGAGCUUCCGGAGUACGAGGGCAGCGAGACGGUGACGAUAGUGAACGUCGAGCAUGCGGAUGCGGGAGUCUACGAGUGCCACUACCGCGGACAGAGAGACGCCAGACUGCACGCCUGGAUACGGCUCGUCGUGGCCGGUUGUCCACGAGGCAAGUUCGGCCCGACGUGCCAGGAUGACUGUCCUCCGUGUCGCAACGGCGGCAUGUGCCACGACACGUACGGCGUGUGCGUCUGCCCCGCGGGAUUCGCCGGACCCAGCUGCGACACCCCGUGUGGUCCCAACCGUGUUGGUGCCCAGUGCGACCGCGUGUGCUCCCCAUUGAGUCCACAGGAUAGCGAACGCAGGGGCUGCGGACUGCACGUCUUUUGCAAGCCUGACCCCAUGAGCUGCUCCUGUGCGCCGGGAUUCAAGGGACCACAAUGUAACCAAGAGUGCGACGCCGGCUACUACGGCGCCGACUGCCUACAGCGGUGCCACUGUGCGGUCGACGGCGACUGCGACUCCAUCACUGGGCAAUGCCCCAAAGGAUGUUCCUCAGGGUGGAUGGGCGAAUCGUGUCACAUUCCAGGUGACAGCCCCACGACGUCGACCAAGUCGAUGCCGACGCUGAAGCCGAGCUGUCCUCCGGGCUGGUAUGGGAAGACGUGCUCGCAUCGCUGCCACUGCGCUGACGGCGAGGCCUGUGACCCAUCUUCGGGCGAGUGUCCGGGCUCCUGCCAGCCGGGUUACUCAAGGCCCACCUGCUCCGAGUGCCUGUCCGGGAUGUUCGGCGACAACUGCUCCCUGUCGUGCCACUGCUGGAACGGCGACCAGAACUGCAUGUCUGACGGACGCUGCCACGAUGGGUGCGCUGCCGGUUGGACGGGAGAACGCUGCCAGCAAGCCUGUACAACUAACACAUUCGGGCCGGACUGUGCAUACGAGUGUCACUGUGCCGAGGACAGUGGCGCCUGUAAUCCCGUUUCUGGGACCUGCAACGCCUGCGAGCCCGGAUACCAGGGACUCAGCUGCCAGGAAAAGUGCAAGGCGGGCAAGUACGGCGAGAACUGCUCGGAGAGCUGCUCGUGCCUGCACGGCGAGACCUGUCACCACAUCAACGGCAGCUGCCAGUGCACGGGACGCCACCGGGGUCACUCCUGCGACGAAAUGGUGCCCGAAGUGCUGCCAUCGGAAGAACUGGAGGUCGACCAGGGACACCCAGGCUCUCUCGAGUGCCUGGUCGAAGCCAACCCCGCACCCGUCGUCGAACUCAGCAACCAAGAGACCCCCCGGAACCUUACCAACGUGACGGUAAAGGAUGUAGGCGGCGGCACCUACAAGGCCACGGCUCCGCUUCCCCGGAGCAUGGAGCCAGGCAGCUACAAGUUUCACUGCACCGCUAGGAAUGACCACGGCUUCGACGUCGGAACGCUGCACGUGACUGUUCUGGGUCCCCCCGAGCUGACCUCUCCGCCACAAGUGAAGGUGUCCGCCGACUCGGCAGUCGCAUCCUGGGAGCCUUCCAACUCGCCAACCAAGAAACGCGGUGGGCGAGGCAACCAGAUUGAGUACCAGCUGCACGUUCGUGCGAAAUCGUCCGGCGGCAACUGGACGACGGCGGGUCCGUGGCAAACAGUGGUGCGCCAGAACGUCACGCCACUCGAGCCGGACAGCGAAUACGAGUUCGCCGUGCAGCUGCGCAGAGGAAAGCUGACGGCCUGGGGCCCACCGGUGUCUGUGCGCACACCCUGUCGAGCCGACAGCCCCGAGGCGGUACCGAAAAAUGUGGUGACCAAGGCCCUCUCCGACAGGCGCAUUUCCAUUCGGUGGGAGAAACCGGACCCAAAGCUGCUGGGCUGCAAACUGGUCGGCUUCGAGGUGCACCUCAGCGCGCGCAAUUCGCCAUCGAAAGUGCAGAGCCUGGACGCCGACACCGCGAGCACUGUGUUCGAUGACCUGGACGCCGACAGCAGCUACGACGUGGCCGUGUACGCCGUCACCUCCGUUGGACGCAGCAUGUACAGCGGAUCGGCCACGACAAAAACGGCGCGGUCAGUUCCGGGCCCCGUGGAGCACCUGAGCGUGGUCCGAACGAAUUCCACCGAGGCCUUGAUCACGUGGGACGCUCCUUCGGGAGUGCGCCACCCAGAGCACCUGGAGUACCGCGUGGCUGUCGUCACUAGAGACCUGGGAGGAUGCGGCCGCAAGGGUUCUGAACAAGUGUCCCUCACGCAAUCUACCCAGUUCCAGAUCGAAGGGCUGGUGCCGCACUCGUGGUACGAAGCACGUGUGAGCGCGAGCAGUGGUCACGGAUACGGGAAAAGGAUGGAGGUCAGCUUCCUCACUGCCGCAGCACCGCCCAGCAAGCCUCCUGGCAAUGUACACGUGGUGUGGGCAUCGUCGAGGAGUCUGCACCUGAGCUGGGAGGAGCCUUCCUGUCUGGACUCGCAUGGCCCUGUUCUCUUCUAUCGGGUCCUCUACUACGCUGACUCGAGGGCAGAGGACGAUCAGUGGGCAAACACCACAGACACGAACUUGACGCUCCAGGGCCUAUUGCCUUUCGAGAAGUACACAAUGCGCGUAAGAGCCGUCAACAGUGCCGGAGAAGGUCCUCUCAGUUCUCGUGUGACGGUCAGCACCACUGAAGAUGUUCCCGGUGAGCCCGAGUGGCUUGAAGUCGCUGAGGUUAACGAGACAACUGCUCAGUUGUCGUGGCAACCCCCCGAAGAACCAAAUGGCGUCCUCACUGGUUACGAGAUUACAGUAACGGUGCAGGCCGACAACGACACGGAGGACAACGGUUCCGUCCUUCUAGCCACGGCUGUGGGACCCGGCGUCAGAGACCUGCUGCUGUCACAGCUCUCAAACGGACGCAGCUACACCGCCACAGUGAGGGCCACCACGAGCGUAGGACACGGCCCUCCCCGCGUCGUCCACUUUUCCACGCUCUCAUUGGUGGGUGCGUCGGUGCAGGAUGACGACUUCAGGUAUCUACAGUCCAUGAUUCUGUGGAUCGUGGUUGUUUUCUGUGUCGCCAUCUUUCUACUGCUCGUCAACGUGGUGCUAGUGAUAAUCGUCAGCCGUAGGAAGCACCAUAGCCUGGAUGUUAGCAAUGGUCCCUUCACGAGUUCGACAGCCUCGACCGUGGAGUUCGACGAGUUCGAGCUCUCCAAACAUCCGGGCGACACCGCAUCCGACGACGGCUGUUUCGUUGACUGGACUCCGCCCCGCUCGUUCCAGAGCACUUACAUCUAAGAUCGCGCGCGCAUCGUCGGCCUGUCGCCGACAGAAUCAUCAAUUCCUCGAUGACCAAGUUCACAUUCCGACCACACCGUCUUGCGCUGUUCAAGUUGCCGGCUAGGCAGGGAUUCAUUGCAACCCGAAUUCGACAUUCAAUUUCUCCAACAGCUUUCGAGGACGGUCAGUGAUUUACUUGCGUCCCAGACGGUGACGCCCUGGAAAUAAAUGAUUGCUGUGAUACAAAUGUUAAGCUUAUUUAUGGAAAAUUCAUUUCAGAAAUACAGCCGGUUAUUGCAGAUUUACGUUAAGUAUAUGGGGCGUAUCCACGGGAGGGGUCCGGAUAUCCUGAAUCCCCCUUUAAUUUUUUAAUGUGUACACCCAAGAAGAGGACCUAUCAGGUCCUCCCGCAAGCUCACCCUCCCCUCACCAUGAACUGUACACCCACUUCACAAAA